AUGGAAGUUCUUUCUCCUCUCCGACCAGUUUUUCUGCCCACUGAAGCCAAAGUCGUCCGACUCAAGAGACUCUCAGAAUCCAUCAAUCUUCCCUCGCCAAAGAUCGCCCGCCAGCUCUCCUCUUCUUCCUCCCCAGCUCGAAAAACCGCCCGAUUCUCUUCUCCAACCACUCCUCAGCCGCGAAAGAAACUGCUCGCCCGAAAAGACACGAUGCUCCCGUCCGAAAUUCCAGAAGAAAAGAUCUACUCCUGCGAAAUCUGCCCGAAGACUUUCUUCCACCGGACCGCCCUCGACAUCCAUCUCGAAUCACACGAUACUCUUCCUCGCUCCAGACGAUCUACGGGCUCUUCGAUGACCUCCCUCAAAGUCAACUCGAUCAACUUCCUCGGCGAAAUUGAAAAGGAGCUGAAAGACGAGCUGGACAACGCGCAUAAGAAGAAGUUCAAAUGCAUCAAGUGCGGAAAACGAUUCAGAUCCAAGGCCAAGAUCGUCCUUCACUCGCUCAUCAAGCACUCCUAA